CCGCCGCCUGUGCAGACGAUGGAGAGGCGGAUCUGAUCUCAUCGGAUCUACCGACAAACAUGCUGUUCGAUCAAACCCGCUUUCCCCGCAAAAAUCACCGACUUGAUUGAUAUGUGAACUGAAUCAGGCCGCUGUCAGAUCCAGCAGAAGUCGCGGUCAUGUACUCUGAGUGGCGCUCUUUACACCUGGUGGUCCAGAACGAUCAGGGGCACCUGAGCGUCUUACACACUUACCCAGCCGGCGUGGGUCGAGACGUGGCAAACGCUGUGGUGCGGCCCCUGGGAAACAGCCUCGGAGGAGCGCCGUCUGAGUGCCUCCUCAAGACUGACAAGGAGGUGAAAUGGACCAUGGAGGUGCUGUGUUAUGGCCUGACGCUCCCGCUGGAUGGAGACACGGUUAAGUUGUGUGUGGAUGUCUACACUGACUGGAUAAUGGCCCUGGUGUCUCCACGAGACUCUAUACCCCAGCCCAUCAUCAAAGAGCCCAACCUCUACGUCCAAACCAUCCUCAAACACUUGCACAACCUUUUCCUGCCCAGACCAGAGCACUUCAGCCUGGUGCACUUUAAAUUGUGUCAGCAAGUGCUGUCAGCAGUGCAGAAGUUGACCCGUGACUCGAACGGCAUGGCCAGAGAGACCUGGGAGGUGCUGCUUCUCUUCCUGCUGCGCAUCAAUGACACGCUACUGGCCCCGCCCACUGUGGGAGGUGGAAUAGCAGAGAAGCUGGCAGAGAAGUUGAUCAGCGUGCUGUUUGAGGUUUGGUUCCUGGCCUGCACUCGCUGCUUCCCCACGCCGCCCUACUGGAAGACGGCCCGAGAGAUGCUGGCCAACUGGAGACAUCACCCUCCGGUGGUGGAGCAGUGGAGUAAAGUCAUCGCUGCUCUCACUUCCAGGCUGCUGCGGUUCAUGUACGGCCCGUCCUUCCCUCCGUUUAAAGUGCCAGAGGAAGACGCCAGCCUCAUCCCCGCUGAGAUGGACAACGACUGUGUGGCUCAGACGUGGUAUCGAUUUCUACACAUGCUCAGUAACCCCGUGGACCUGAGCAAUCCCGUCAUAGUGAGUUCCACCCCAAAGUUUCAGGAGCAGUUGUUGGGGGGAAACAGCGUUCCUCACGAGGUCAUUCAGCACCCCUGCCUCAAACAGCUGCCUCAGAUCUUCUUCAGAGCGAUGAGGGGCGUCAGCUGCCUCGUGGACGCUUUCCUCGGUGUUGCUGUUUGUAAGAAACUCGAGUGUCGUGAAACUCUGCCCUCUUCUGGGGUCACAGUGUCUAGGAGCAAUAUUCGAGACAGACUUCCCUCUAUAGGUGUUGCUGUCUCGCGGAACAAUUUUCGAGACAGACUCCCAUCUUAUGGUAUUUCCCGCCCCAGGUCAGACAGUGCUCCGCCCACACCUGUCAAUCGGCUCAGUAUGCCGACGCCCCCAACGACAACCAACACUACACCCCCUCACAACCGCAGGCACCGCCCCACCGCUGUUGUCAAGACAACCAGCAAAACCUCAACGACUGGUCAGACCAAAGUGUCGCACCAGACGUCAUCCACAUCCCCGCUCUCCAGCCCAAACCAGACGAGCUCUGAGCCGCGGCCGCUUCCGGCCCCAACCCGGCCGAAGGUCAACAGCGUGCUCAAUCUGUUUGGCCAGUGGCUGUUUGACGCUGCGCUGGUCCACUGUAAACUCCACUCCGGCCUGAGCAGAGACAGCAGCAUGACCGCCCUGGCGACUCAAGCUGGAGUUGAACUGAGACGUAAAGGCUCUCAGAUGUCCACGCAUAAGUUCUACAUGGUCCUCAUCCAGGGUCUUCAGAUAUCGGACUUCAUUUGCAGGCCGGUUUUAGCCAGCAUCAUCCUCAACUCUUCGGCUCUGUUCUGCUCCGAUCUCAAAGGGAUCAAUGUUGUGGUUCCUUACUUCAUAUCUGCGCUGGAGACCAUUCUACCAGAUCGAGAGUUGUCUAAGUUUAAGUCGUACGUGAACCCCACUGAGCUGAGAAGAGCUUCCAUCCAUAUCCUGCUGUCCAUGCUUCCUCUUCCUCACCACUUUGGCAACGUCAAAUCAGAGGUUCUGUUGGAGGGGAAAUUCAGCAAUGAUGACAACUCUCUUCAUGACAAGGCGGUCACCUUCCUCUCCCUGAAGCUGCGAUUGGUCAAUAUUUUGAUUGGCGCCCUGCAAACAGAGACAGACUCGAUCAAUACACAGAUGAUACUAGCGGCGAUGCUGAAUAUCGUCCAGGAUUCGGCUCUGUUGGAGUCUGUUGGUGCUCAAGCUGAAGUGGGCAGCGUGGACGGAAGCCAUUCUCUGGCUAAGAGCCACAGUCGUAAUAACAGCGGCAUCAGCAACGCUAGCGCAUGCAGCUCCGAGGCUACGACUCCAGACAGCGAACGCCCCGCGCAGGCCCUGAUGAGGGACUACGCUCUCCACACAGACACGGCGGCUGGCCUGCUGAUCCGCAGCAUCCACCUGCUCACCCAGAGACUCAACUCUCAGUGGAGACUCGACAUGAGUAUCUCACUGGCUGCCCUCGAGCUGCUGGCUGGCCUCGCCAAGGUGAAGGUGAGCGUGGAGUCGUCGGAUCGUAAGCGUGCCGUCAGCUCCGUGUGCAGUUAUAUCGUGUAUCAGUGCAGUCGUCCCGCUCCGCUUCACUCCAGAGAUCUGCACUCCAUGAUCGUCGCUGCUUUCCACUGCCUGUGCGUCUGGCUCACAGAGCACCCAGACAUGCUCAAUGAGAAGGAUUGUCUGAUCGAGGUGUUGGAAAUCGUCGAGCUCGGCAUCUCGGGAUUGUGGACUUAUCCUUUAAGCCCGCCUCUGAUUUGUGUCGUUGUGUGUUCCAGUAUAAUGCAGGUGUUGGGUGCGUUCCCGUCUCCCAGCGGCCCCGCGUCGCCCUGCAGUCUGCUGAAUGAAGACACGCUGAUCAAAUACUCCCGACUCACUUCCACAUCCCACAGCAACUUCAGAUACUUCGUUCUGGAUAACUCCGUCAUUCUGGCCAUGCUGGAGCAGCCGCUGGGAAACGAGCAGAACCCCUGUCCGUCAGUCACCAUGUUAAUCAGAGGCAUGUCCGGUCGACACGCGUGGACAAUGCAGCUCUUCCAUCAGCCUCGAGGAGCAAGAGCCAAUCAGAAGCAAGUGUUUGUUCCUGAAAACCGACCGGCUCCCAAGAACGAUGUAGGGAUUCGGUUUAACGUCAAGCACAGGCCGUUCCCGGAGGAAGUGGAUAAGAUUCCGUUCGUGAAAGCCGACCUGAGCAUCCCGGAUCUCCAUGACAUUGUGGAUAAGGAGUUGGAGCAGCAGCACGAUAAGCUGCGAGCCGUGAUGGGAAAGCAGAUCGAUUACGAGACGAAACUGGAGCACUGUACGGAGGAGUUAUGGAGGAACAAACCCUUCCCAGACCCGCUGACAGACUGUAAACCGCCGGCUCCCGCUCAAGAGUUUCAGACGGCCCGCCUCUUCCUGUCGCACUUCGGCUUCCUGUCACUAGAGGCGCUCAAGGAGCCUGGAAACAGUCGACUGCCUCCUCAUCUCAUCGCUCUGGACUCGUCUGUGCCGGGCUUUUUCGACGACGUCGGCUACCUGGACCUGUUACCGUCCCGGCCGUGUGACACCGUGUUUAUCUUCUACAUGAUGUCUAAUUUUUAUGUGUGUGUGUGUGUGUGUGUCUGUCUGUGUCUGUGUCUGUGUGUGUGUGUGUGCGCAGAUAAUUCAGAGACUCUGGGCGACACUGGCGGCGGUGUGUUUAACGGAGAGAAGCGGGUGCUCUAUUACGCAGACGCUCUGACAGAAAUCGCCUUUGUCGUGCCGUCCCUCAGCGACUCGUCCGCCGAGUCAUCAGAGCACAGCUUCCCGACGGCAGACUCAGACUCUCAGAUGGAGCUGUUACCCAGUUUACUGAAGCAGCCCAACCUGACGCUGGAGCUCUUCCCCAACCACUCCGACAACAUGGGACCCACACAACGAUCCCCGACAGUGAAAAGCAGGAAGUUGCCGUCUGGCAGGACGAUACCACCGUUAGGACCGGACACCAAAGUGUUGGUCGUGUGGGUUGAGCGAUACGAUGACAUAGAGAACUUUCCCGUGUCGGAGUUACUGGCGGAGACGAGCACCGGCGUGGAGACGGCCGUCAACAGCAGCACUUCCAGGUCCAGCUCCUCAGAGAAGGACGUUCCCAUAAUAUUCAUCCAUCCGCUGAAGACCGGCCUGUUUCGGAUCAAACUGCACGGCGCUAUGGGCAAAUUCAACAUGGUCAUUCCUCUGGUGGACAACAUGGUGGUCAGCAGGAGAUCACUGGGUGUGUGUGUGUGUGUGCCUCAAAUGAGAAUCGCUGUUAGCCGUCUGUACUGUAAAGAGGAUGAGCACAACCUGAACUCAUUGUUAGCUGAGACGUCGUCAUGGCAACGCAACCCAGAAGAGACGAAAAGCAGCACUGCGCUUGAUCUUCAUCUCCUCCAUCCCGACAAACACGCUCAGAUAUUGAUGAAUUAUCGCAGCCGUUCUAUUGAUAAAUAA